AUGGGCUGCGCUUCACUGCCCACGCGGCCUUCUCCGACGCCGUUGCCCGCCGCCGGCCGCGCGCGCUCUUCUCGCUCUCACCUUCGCACCUGCACCACCACCACCACCACAGGCAAACCGAGGAGGGCUUUUUCCAUCAGAGCAGCUCACAGUGGGCUCAGCGAUGUAUCUGUAGAGAGCCUUCCCCUUCCUGAUAAUGAAGCUCCAGUCACCGGUGCUGCUUACAGCUUCACAGGAGCAACGACAUCACUCACCAACAGGAUCCUAACAUCCUCCAAGAAGGUUACUCUUGUCAGGCAUGGCCUGAGCUCAUGGAAUGCAGAAAGCCGUGUCCAGGGAAGCUCAAAUCUGUCUGUGUUAACAGAAACCGGCACCAAGCAGGCAGAGAAAUGCCGCGAUGCUCUUGCAAACAUCAAGUUCGACGUUUGCUUCUCUAGUCCUAUUUCACGAGCAAAGACAACCGCUGAAAUUAUCUGGAAAGAUAAGGUGGAACCCCUUGUGUUUCUCGAUUCAUUGAAAGAGGCACAUCUCUUCUUCUUAGAGGGCAUGACCAAUGCGGAUGCUAAAAAGCAAUAUCCGGAGUUGUACACAACAUGGAGGGAGGACCCUGCACAUUUUCAUGUCAAUGGCAUAUACCCGCUCAGGGAGGUGUGGAGAACAGCAAGACAAGCAUGGGAGCAAAUCUUGCUCACUCCGGGAGAAAACUUCUUGGUGGUUACACACAAAUCCAUUUUGCGCGCGCUCAUCUGCACUGCACUAGGUCUCCCUCCUGAGAGGCAAGUUGUCUGA